GGCAUUGAAACUUCCAUACUCAAACUGAAAUUAUCUGAUGGCAAUCAAGGCCAUGAAAGCGUAAGAGACAUGUUUCAGUCAUUUCAGUUGAUCCCAGAACCUGCUAUUGCCUUGCAUGAAUUUGGUUCUGAUUCCGAUGAUGACACAUUCUGUAGAUCAUCUCUCAUAUAUAUCAGAUGAUUGUCAUAGUCAACUCUCGGAGUCGAAUUCUGAACAAUGGGAAUCUAGUGAAACUCUAGAAAGAAAUAACCAUGGACUGUAUGAUGGUUUAUGUGGAAUCUCAUCAGAGGAACUUAUAUCCACCUCCCCGGAACUGGGCGGAAUAUCCCAUAAUGCCACUUAUGAUGAUGGUGGAAGUAAAAGUGUGCACACCGAGAAUGGUCUGGAACAUUCUCUCUCUGAUCCUGUACUUGAUCUUCCAAGUUUCGAUGCUUUGGGACCUGUACUUCAGCAAGAAACAAAAGAUGAUUCAGAUCCAAAGGAUCUCCCCGGUUUGAGAUGUUCAGUGGAUUAUACACCAGGACCACCACCUCUCCCUCCAGUGGAAUGGCGUGCUUCAAAACCUCCCUCGAAUGUUACAGAAGAAAAACAAGAUGCAUUCGAAGGUUUUCGACAUGCAUUAAAUGCAGAACUAUUGGGGUCUAUCACCCUCCAGCAACCUAAGCCACCAGUACAGCAACAACAAAUGAAUGAGGAUUUCAUUAAACCAAAACGCAAGGACCAGCACUUGAAUGGGCAGAAAGAAGCUGAUCAGGCUCUUAAUGGCAAAGGGAUGGACGAAAAAGAAGAUUUCCUACAACAAAUCAGAACAAAGGUGAGUCACCUUUUUUUCUUGUCAUUUGGCUGCUUUCCAAGUAUAAGUCACUUUGUGUUUGUACUGGAGCGUUUCAUACUCGUAUGUGAAACAUGCCAAAUCGAGGUUUUUCUCAUCUCUUCUACUGCCGCGGAUCCAUAUAAGCUCUAUUACUUAGAGCAGGCCUGGUUGUACUAAAUCUUGAUAGAUUGAUUUUAAGGAAAACUAAUGAAAAGGGCUUGAAAACUUUGAGUUUU